AUGGCGGCUGUGGAGGAUCCUCCGCCUGUUCUCACGGUGGGGAACUCUUCGGAAGCAGUAGAUGCUGUUGCUCAGAAAUCGGGGCUCGUUAAGCAUGAUCUAUCUAUUUCGGUCAUUGAGGGAUCCCCAAGGAUCCAAAUUCCAAACGAUAUCAUUGACGGUUCCGUUCCUCUAUGGGACAAGAUACUUGUCGGGAAAUUUCUUUCGACGGCUCCACAUGUAGCGAAAGUUCAUGUGAUUGUCAACAAAAUUUGGCCUCUUGGCAACAAAAGUAUCAAAGUAGACGUUGUUGUAGUGGAUAAAACUACGAUGAAGUUCAAGAUUCGGGAUAGUUCUAUCCGAAAUCGUAUUUUGAGGAGAGGGAUGUGGAAUAUUGCAAAUGUUCCUAUGUUUGUUUCGAAAUGGUCACCGGUUGCAGAAGAAGCUCAGCCAGAUCUUACUUCAAUCCCUCUGUGGAUUAUCAUAAAGAAUGUUCCUCCAAAGAUGUUUCAUGAGAAGGGGUUGGGUUUUCUCGCUAGCGCUGUUGGAGAGCCCAAACGCCUUCAUCCUGACACAGAAAUCUGUAAAAGUUUUGAUGAAGCAAAGGUAUUCGUCGAUGCGUAUCUAACUCGCGAGCUGCCUAAGAAAUUCCGAUUUACCUCGGAAAGAGGUGUUGACGCUGUGGUGGAGUUUGAAUAUCCAUGGCUUCCUCCAAGGUGCAGCUACUGUUCCAAAUGUGGGCACAGACUUGAUACAUGUUUAUCUCCGAAAAGAAUUUUGAAGCGAAAUGAGAAUCUCUCAGAUUUGGGUAUAUCGGAAGGCUCUGUCCCCAUUGUUCAGGAGCCCGAGAAGCCAAGGGAGAAUAUGGAGAUUCAAACACAAUUGGAGGAGGGGGGAAAAGUUUUGCCAGCGACGGUCUUGUCUGAAAAGCCAUCGGUAACAGUUCAGGAAAGAGAAGAGGGCGAGUGGAGCUCUGUUUCUCCAACUCGGGCAGGACGAUAUUUGGAUAAGCCUAAUGUUGAUAAGGAGAACAUAUCUAUUUCUCCUUCCAGAUUUGACAUUCUUGCUAUGGUUGACGAUGAUGCAAUGAAUGUGAAUGAAUCCCUUCCGGAAUCACAUUGUGACACUCCUGCUGCUUUGGAAGAGAAAAGUGAUGCUAUUGUAUCGGAGAAAAUUGGUGAACAAGAGGAUUUAUCCGAUCCUGAACAACAGAAUGGCUCCCAAGUAACGGCUGGGGUAUCUGCAGACAGCCGCAUCCCUCCACCUCGUGUGACGAGGGCUUCAAAUCGUUCCUUGAACGACUCGGUUGCUCCUAGUGUUAAGGAUUUAAAACCUUCCACUGCGAGUAAAAGGGCGCCAAGGAAAAAACACUAA